AUGGACCUCCAAGAACAUUAUAUAAAUUUGUAAUAUUACUAGGGUUAUGAUUAUUAGAAACUAAUAAAACAGAAUAUAGCAGUCUAUAAUUCAAUUAAAUAUAAUGAUAAUUUCUAUGAAUUUGCAAAAGCCUAGAAUUACUUUAAGAAAUUUUAAAUUAUAUCAGCAAUUAAUUUGUUGAAAACAAUAAGUAAAUUUGAAAUAUCUCUAAAAUCUUCCCAACGAUAAGUAUAAAUUAAUAAUUCAAAUGAAAAUAGUUAAUGUGAAUAUAUUUCUUAUUUGGAUGCUUACAUAAUUAACUUGUGUUAAAAGUUAAUGUAAUGAAAUUACAGAUCAAAGGUAGUGUAAUGAGAAUGAUAAAUGUGAAUGGGAUUAUUGGUCACCUUCAAAAUGUCAAAACAUCUGCAAUCAAUUGAAUAAUGAAAAUGAAUGCUAAUUUGCAGCAAACUGUAAGUGGGUAGCAAGUUCAUCCUCGUGCUUCAUCAGAAAAUGCACAGAAGAAUUAUAAUAGGAUAGGUGUUGUCAAAUUGUAUUUACUACAAUAAAUUAGGUUGCUUGCUCUUGGAGAAAUAACUAAUGUUGGGACUCAUCAUGUGUUACAUUGUAAGCUAGUGAGGCUGGUAAAUGUGCAAAUUCAUAUUGCAUUUGGGAUGAGAAAAGAAAACUUUGCUAUGAUAAAAAAUGUUCAGACUAUUAUAAUUAAUAUGAUUGUGAUCAAAUAUCAUUUUGUAGUUGGUUUAAAUACAAAUGCAUCGACAAUGGUAAUAACAAGAUUGAUUAUCAAAAUGGUGAAGAAUAAUGUUGA